AUGUCAUCGGUCGAAUCGCGCCAGUCGGUCGCCGUUAUUGGCACUGGCAUGGCCGGCCUCAUCACUGCAUACAUAUUAAGGAACGACCCACGUGCUAGAUUCGAUGUGGAGGUGUUUGAGAAGCAAAAAGAAUUGUCGCUCGACUCUGCGUCGCUCACUGUCAAGACCAACGCGGGGACAGAGCAGCGGGUGGAUCUGCCCAUGCGAGCCUUUGCAAGUGGUUUCUACGACAAUCUGAGACGUAUGUACGACUAUCUGGGAAUUGAAUAUGGAUCGCAAAGAUUUAUUUUUCCAUUUUCAACUAUCUCGGAAUCAAAUCCAAACGAUAUGCAUACGCGAUUCAUUCAUUCAUCUCACACCCAUCAAUUCCCCCCACUUCGACCUCGAGGAUCUUCAUGGGCAUCCUGGCUUGUCGAGGCCCUCUACCUGUUAGUCUGCUACCUCUGGAUGGUGGCUUGUUCAUUCUUCAUCGAGCCUAGACAAGGAGAUGGUUCAAGGCCAUCAGAAACCUUUCGCCAGUACGCGGCGAGAAUCUGUUUGCCACAAUAUUUCGUGAAGCAUUACUAUCUUCCAAUCAUGUCUGCGGUGACAACUUGUCCCCAUGAUGCAUUACUGAAUUUCCCAGCGGUCGAUAUCGUCGAUUAUCAGGCCAAGACCUUCCGCAAACCGCAUUACACCGUCAUCGGUGGCGUCAGUAAAGUUCAAGAUAAACUUUCCAAGGGUCUCAAUGUGCGAUAUUCCUCAGCAGCGACUAAGGUCGAGAAUGUCGGCUCGAAAGCCCAACUGACCUGGAAGAACGAUGAUACCGGCUUCGUGGAAUCCAAGUUGUAUGAUCAUGUCAUCAUGGCCGUUACCCCGGAUGUUGUUCGCGCUAUCUUCUCUCCGCUUCGAAGUGCGCUAGCUGUUAUCCCGACCGCUUCCGUCCCUGCAUAUGUUCAUCGUGAUUUCGACCGGUUGAAGAAAUGCAGCCAGGUCGUGGAUGGAAAUAUAAACCCUGAGCCUGGUCUUCCGCCUCCUGAACGAAUCCAUCUUUGUUCGAAUUCUUCGUCAACUGAAUUCACUCAUGAGCAUCUUUCUUCUGUCAUCAUCACGACUUCGCCUAUCAUUCCCAUUGAUCCCUCGAAAAUAGAACACACUGUGACGUUUACACGGACUCUGCGGACUCCUAUCAGCCGGAAAGUGACGAAUGAGAUCUUCGGCCCACCGUCACAAAGUGACGUAGACUCGAAGCAAUGGCGGAACGGGGACGGGAAUGUCUGGCUUGUGGGAAGUUGGUGUUGGGACGGUAUGGUCCUGCUCGAGGGGUGCAUAGCCUCGGCUCUGCGAAUAGCAGAUAGCCUCGAUAUCGAGGUUCCGUGGGCUUCAUGA